AGCAACCUGUUGCUGAAUCCCCUAGUAAACGAAGAAAAUACGAUAACGAUAACGAAAAACUGGAAAGGUUUUGGAAUGCUUUGAAGGACGGGAAAGUUGAGAAGCAUGAUGGUGGCCAAUUUCUUGAAUUAUCCAGGGACGUUUACUAUCUUCUAGGCAAAGAUGAACAAGGUUCCAAUAUAUCUACUCUGUUCAUCCGUGAAUGUUAUCACCACCUGAGUAAUAUUAUUUUUGGGAAUGAAAAUGUCCGUUGGCGUAUUACUGGCAAUCCGGGAAUUGGGAAAACCUUCUUCGGUUACUAUCUACUUUAUCUCCUUUCACAACAACGUAAAACAGUUGUAUAUCACAAACUUGACAAGUCUCCGAUUCUCUUCAGUGAGGAAGGUGUUUUCAGUCACACCGAAGACAAUAUUCAUGCAUUCAAAGAUUACUUGGAAAUGAAGAUGUUUGGUAUAUCGUGGAUGGUAGGAAACCGAUGGAAUAUGUCGCCAAGACAAUUCUCGUCUGUUCGCCCCAGAAACGCUACUACAAAAGCUUUGACAAGCUUGGAACAAAUAUUCGAACAUGUUCGGAAAUUAUACAAUGAAUGGGGUGGAAUUCCUCGGUUUACCUUGUUUUAUGCUCACAAUAAAUCUCAGCAAGAUCUUCUUCAAAGGGCAAUUAAUUCGGUUAACGAUAAUCUGUUAAAUUUUGUUGGUGAGACCACAGAUGACAAUAGCGCCAGUCAUAAAAUCGUCCAUCUCUGCACGAACAUACCAAAAGAAGAGGAUGAAGGAGAUGAAAGUGUGGAAGAUGUGGAAAUAAUGGAAGUAGAAGAUAAUCCUGGAAAGUCCUCUAUGUCACCACAAUCUCCCACAGUAACUAGACCAGAUAAAGGGAAAAGUGUUAUAGGGAAGGAAAACCCUUUCUAUACAAUGUUAACUCUAGAGUUUGCGUCCGAUUAUGUUUCUGAAGAGAUAAUGGAUAAACUCAUAAAGAAUUAUAGAGUCCAGUUGGAGAAUUUCGUGAAGGCUAGCUCAUCGAUAAGUGAUUACAGUACACUCCGGGGAUCAACUGUCUCUUGCUUCGGGGUGAAUAAUUCAAACCUAUCAAUACCCACUCGGAACAAACUGCUAUUUAGUGAUAUUAGUGAGAUUGCUCCUAACAUGUAUUGUAUUCCAACUCAAAAGAAUAACGCAUCUUUUGAUGCGUUCGUUUUUCCCGACACAUUCUUCCAGAUGACUGUUUCUGAGAGUCAUCCUAUCGUAAAGAGUGGGUUGGAAAAAUAUAUUAAUAAGAAUGAUAAUUCGGAUAUCAAAUUUUAUUUUGUCUUACCGAAGGAAAUGUAUAACUCUUACCAAGAGCAGGUUCUUUACACCACAAAGAGAACUGUUCUCAAGAGUAAGCCACCUUGGAUUAAUCGUCUUAAGCAAUAUGCUCUGGAAAUUGACCUGAAAUUGUAG